UAUCAAACCGACUUGGCGACUCGCAUGUAGUAAGUCGGCGACCUUCCUUCCACUAUAAACUCACUAAUUUCCGCCGUCCCCGACUCAUCGGCGUCACAGGUGAGACCUUCUUUCCCGAUUUUAACACACUCACACACAUACUCUGAGUUCUAUAGAUACGUAUAUACAUACGAAUUCCCACCACAAACGAAGUAGGAUGGUGUUUGUGAAAUCCCCUGAGAACAAAACCCUAAUCUUGAAUCUUAAUCCUUCCAUAACCACUCUAAGGUGGCUUAGUCUCCAUAUCCAGCGAAAUUACCUCAUACCCAUUUCGCAACAGCGCCUCUACUUCUCCGCCCGCCUCCUCUCCAGCCCGGAGAACGAAGGCAUCUUGCUUUCUCACCUCGGAGUUUCCCCAAAUUCCACCCUGACAUUACACGUACCAUUCCUCGGCGGUAUGCAAGCUCCUGUCCCUCCAAAGAGUAGGUUGGAUUUUCUAAAUACAAAACCGCCACCGAAUUAUGUCGCCGGGCUCGGCCGUGGUGCUACGGGCUUCACCACCCGUUCGGAUAUUGGUCCGGCGCGUGCCGCGCCUGACUUACCGGAUAGAUCAGCGGCGGCAGUUGGCGCUGGUGGAGCCGCUGGGGUUGGUCGUGGCCGUGGGAAGGGCCCUGGGGAGGAGGAUGAGGAGGAGGAGAAUGAGGAGAAGGGAUACGAUGAGAAUCAGAAGUUUGAUGAGUUUGAAGGGAAUGAUGCGGGGUUGUUUGCUUCUGCGGAGUAUGACGAUGAGGAUAAGGAGGCUGAUGCGGUGUGGGAGGCAAUCGAUAAGAGGAUGGAUUCGCGUAGGAAAGAUAGGAGGGAGGCGAGGCUUAAGGAGGAAAUUGAGAAGUAUCGUGCCUCAAAUCCAAAAAUUACGGAACAGUUUGCCGACUUAAAGAGGAAAUUGUACACAUUGUCAACUGAAGAGUGGGAUAGUAUACCGGAGAUAGGUGAUUACUCUUUGAGGAAUAAGAAAAAGAGGUUUGAGAGUUUUGUACCUGUUCCAGAUACGCUUUUGGAAAAAGCUAGGCAGGAAAAAGAGCAUGUCAGUGCCUUGGAUCCGAAGACCAGGGCAGCUGGUGGGACUGAAACUCCGUGGGCGCAGACGCCGGUUACGGAUUUGACUGCCGUAGGAGAAGGCAGAGGAACUGUUUUGUCACUGAAGUUAGACAGAUUAUCUGAUUCUGUUUCUGGGUUGACAGUGGUGGAUCCUAAGGGUUACUUGACAGAUUUGAAGAGUAUGAAGAUUACUAGUGAUGCAGAGGUAUCUGAUAUCAAUAAGGCCAGGCUGUUGCUGAAAUCAGUCACACAGACGAAUCCAAAGCAUCCUCAUGGUUGGAUAGCAGCCGCUAGGUUGGAGGAGGUGGCAGGGAAGCCUCAGGUUGCCCAGCAGUUGAUCAAGAAAGGAUGUGAGGAAUGUCCGAAAAGUGAGGAUGUCUGGUUGGAGGCAUGCCGUCUGGCAUCUCAUGUUGAUGCUAAGGCUGUGAUUGCAAGGGGUGUUAAGGCAAUUCCGAAUUCAGUGAAGUUGUGGAUGCAAGCGGCGAAGCUUGAGCAGGAUGAUGUGAAUAAGAGUAGGGUGUUAAGGAAAGGGCUUGAGCAUAUUCCAGACUCAGUCAGGCUUUGGAAGGCAGUUGUCGAGCUUGCCAAUGAGGAAGAUGCAAGACUUUUGCUGCAGAGAGCUGUUGAAUGCUGCCCAUUGCAUGUGGAACUGUGGUUGGCUCUCGCUAGGUUGGAAACUUAUGAGAAUGCGAAGAAGGUGUUAAAUAAAGCUAGGGAAAAGCUUCCUAAGGAGCCAGCUAUAUGGAUCACUGCUGCCAAGUUGGAAGAAGCUAAUGGGAAUACGGCCAUGGUUGGGAAGAUUAUUGAAAGGGGUAUUCGAGCUUUACAGAGGGAAGGUGUAGAAAUUGACAGGGAAAUGUGGAUGAAAGAAGCUGAGGCAGCUGAAAGAGCUGGGUCCGUUGCAACUUGUCAGGCUAUAAUUCAUAACACUAUUGAGGUUGGGGUGGAGGAAGAAGAUAGGAAGAGGACAUGGGUUGCUGAUGCUGAGGAGUGUAAGAAGAGAGGUUCCAUUGAGACAGCAAGGGCCAUCUAUGCUCAUGCCCUUACUGUGUUCUUAACAAAGAAGAGCAUAUGGCUAAAAGCAGCUCAGCUUGAAAAGAGCCAUGGCACCAGGGAAUCUCUGGAUGCUUUGCUGCGUAAGGCAGUUACUUACAUACCGCAUGCUGAAGUUUUGUGGCUAAUGGGUGCCAAAGAAAAGUGGCUUGCUGGUGAUGUGCCUGCUGCUAGGGCAAUUCUUCAAGAAGCAUAUGCUGCAAUCCCUAAUUCUGAGGAGAUUUGGCUUGCUGCAUUCAAGCUUGAGUUUGAGAACCAUGAACCUGAAAGAGCUAGAAUGCUUCUUGCAAAGGCACGAGAAAGGGGAGGAACAGAGAGAGUUUGGAUGAAAUCUGCAAUUGUUGAGAGAGAACUGGGAAACACUGCAGAGGAGAGGAGGUUGUUGGAUGAAGGGCUGAAGCUCUUCCCUUCAUUUUUCAAACUUUGGCUGAUGCUUGGGCAGUUGGAGGAACGUCUUGGUAACUUGGAACAAGCCAAAGAAGCAUAUGAGUCGGGCUUGAAGCACUGCCCCAAUUGUAUUCCUUUAUGGCUUUCGCUUGCUCAACUGGAGGAAAAAGUAAGUGGCCUAAGUAAAGCUCGCGCAGUUCUGACCAUGGCUAGAAAGAAAAAUCCUCAGAAUCCUGAACUCUGGCUUGCUGCAGUGCGAGCUGAGUCGCGACAUGGUUAUAAGAAAGAAGCCGACAUAUUGAUGGCAAAGAUGGUUCCACGGCCUCAGCAAAAAACCAAAAGUAGGGAUGCGUACAAAAGAUGUGGGGAUGACCCUCAAGUCCUUGCCGCUGUCGGGAAGAUAUUUUGGCAUGACAGGAAGGUUGAUAAAGCUAGGUCCUGGUUCAACAGGGCCGUCACUCUUGCUCCGGAUAUUGGGGAUUUCUGGGCAUUGUACUAUAAAUUUGAACUCCAACACGGCACUGAGGAGACCCAGAAGGAUGUAUUGAACAGAUGUGUCGCAGCAGAGCCAAAGCACGGCGAGAAGUGGCAAGCCAUAUCCAAAGCUGUCGAGAAUUCGCACCAGCCAACAGAAUUCAUCUUGAAGAAGGUGGUAGUAGCAAUAGGAAAAGAGGAGCAUGCAGCUGAGAAUGGCAAAAACUAGUAUUUCCACAGAUAUCCCAAGUUAUUUGUUGCUUCUCAUGAUUGCUAAACUAUUUGAUGUAUUUCUAAAUUCCUUUACCUGUAGUGGCUGUCCCAUGCACUUCUAUUUUGUUGGUUGAGCCUCUUAAGAUGGUUGGGGAUGUGUUUGUGGAUCUCAACAUGUUGUCAUACUCUGAUACUGAAGUAACUUUUCUACGGUUCUAUGUAUUUUACAUUGGUACUUGGUUAAUUCUUGGCCUCACCUUGCAGAAAGAUGGUAAGAAUGUAUGGCCUUCUUUGUAUUGUCUGACUGUUGACGGUUGCCUGUAGAAGUCACAUUCCUAUCUGUUUAGCUCAACAAGAUACGGUGCUCGUAUUUGUAGAUGGGCUGCUUCGUGCGGUUAGCAGUUGUUUCGUCUCGAGUGUCUUGGCUUGAAAGUUACUUUUGUGGAUGGGCUGCCACUCUGAUAGUUGUGUGCUGCUGCUGUUGGCAAAUGCCCUUUGCUUUGUCUGUCUUCUCCAUAUAGUUGUUACUCCUUUAUAAUCAUGUGUAGCAAAAUGUGAAUUUGUAUUUAAUUACACCAACUUUUUUUUUGUUGUUCA